GGAUCAUCAGCUCUUUGGCAGGAAGGCAAGGGGAGAAGUGGCAGAGGCUGAUGGAGACUGUGGGGCCCUUCAGGUCGCACAGAGAGCUGCGUCCUGCAAGGAUUUGGCAGCGGCUCUCCACGAUGCCUGCCAGCAGCUUACUGGCUUCAGCCCCUAGGGAGCAUGAGGCCCUUUCUCCCAGCUGGCGCCUUCUUGUUUCCAGGCUUGUUGUGAUCCCCCACCAAGCGUUGGACCGUGCCAUGCCUCUGAAGCCCAUGAGAGAAUCAGCACCUUGGGGAAAGGGUGCCCGCAGAGUGAGUGUGCUGGAUCCAGUGUUCCUGGCUCAGCAGAGAGUUUCUCUGGCCAGGCUGAAGGAUCAGAAAGCUGAACAGAUUAAGGUCCUGGAAGCUAGCCGAGCCAGAUUCCUGCCAGUAGUCAAGAGGAUGCCUCAGGAUGAAUUGAAGCAGCCCAGAGGUGCAGCUCGGCCAUCGAUGCAGCUCCCUGAGUAUGCCCUGCAGCCCUCAGGAACGGAAAUGAGCUCCCUGCACGCUGAGAGGGCUGAUCAGCAGCUUCAGCUGCUGAUGGGAUUCAAGCGUCGGGAAGUGGAAGCAGAAGUGUGGCGCAAAUACCAUGCCAGCAGAACGGGGCAGAGCAUGGAGGCAGGCAAGAGUCCCUGCCGCUACGUGUUUGAGGAUCCCUAUUGCCCUCCCCACCUCCUGCGAAAGGCUUAUGAUGAGAAGCUGAAGGAGAGGCUACUGGAGAAGGAGGUGCUGCAGGAGGAGAGGUGCCAAAGCGCUGCAAGGCAGACGGCAUCCAAGGGGCAGGCAGAGCUGCACCUCCUGGGGAGAGCAUGGGGAGGCAAGCAGGAGAAGAGGAGGCUCUUGGAGCGCCAGUGGAAGGCCCAGGGGCUGCCAGCCAUACCAAGAAGCUGCGAGCUUCCAUGCUGUACCGCGGAGGAACCAGCAGCAGGGACUUUAGUCAUCACGGCAUUCAACACUGUCAGCAGGAGACCUUCUCGCAAAGGGGAAUGUGCCAAAUAAAGGCUGCUGGUGCUGGUGCCUGUGCCUGGCCAGAGUGA